AUGUCAGCUGGUGGUAGCACCACUCAUAGCAAGGACCCAAUUUGGUUCUACAUUGGCAUCCGGUCCCUCGGCGGGUUCCAGUCGUGGGACUCCGACUUUCCGGCCCGAUUGCCAACAUGUGCCAUCUUUGAUGAUAAUGCAAAACCACUUAAAAAGGACGAUUGUAAGAAGGCACUUGACGCCGUCGCUACUGACUCCACCGGGCGGCUCUUAACCGAUGACUUCAAACUGACUGACUCGGUGGAAAAAACUUACAAAGCAUGCACGAUCAAAGUCUACACUUAUGAUUUCUCGAUCCUUGAAGUGUAG